AUGAAUUAUACAAGUGAAAAUGGCUUAUAGCCGAAAGAUUUGAAAGGAUAAGCUUUAGAAAAAGUGAUUGAAAAUUGGAAUAAAAGCUUAAAAAAGUUAGAAAAAAUAUAAAUUCAAAUCAAUAUUAAAAAAGACCACUAAAUCAUUUAUUCAAAAGACGGAGCAAUCUUAAGAAUGUAAAUAUUAAUUAUAAGUUAAAAAGAGAAGAAAUUCAUUCUAUCUCAAAGAAUCCAUAAAUAUUUAGUAAUAUGGAGCAAAUCGAAAAUCUUUUUUGGUAAGGAUAAUUUGACAAGAGGAAAUUUAAAGUUGGAAAAUGGAUUGCAUCUUGGAAUAAAGCAUUUCUAAAGGAUGUAGGUGGAUACUUUGUGGACGGAUAAAAGCAAGGAUUAUGGAAAGAUCUAUUUUUAAACUAUUGUUAGUAAGUUAUCCUAUAUUCAGUCUAAUGAAUAGAGAAGCACAGGUUUUUGAAACUGGAGAAUAUUGUGCUGACCUUAGAAUUGGUAAUUGGGAUUUUAUUUGGCUCGAUAAGAAGUUGUAAUUAUUUUAGUAAUUGCUUAGAAGUGGGGGAUUCUACAAUAAAAAUGGUUUAAAGUAAGGUAAAUGGGUUGAGUUUGAUGAAAUAUUUGGGAUUGUUAAAUAAGUCACUUAUACUGGUGAAUAUAAUAUUUAAGGUAAAAAGGUAGGUAAGUGGGAUAUCAUGUAUAAAUAUCGUGAUUAUUUUGGAAAUGAGGACAAAGAAUAUAAAUAAAUGUAAAUACUAUUUUAGUAAUAGAUGCAUCAUAAUAUUUUAGAGGUGGUGGAAUAUAUGGUGAGGGUUAGAUUAAGAUUGGAAGGUGGAUAGAGUUAUGGGAGAAUUUUGGAUUUAAUAGAUAAGUCACAUUUAAUGGUGAAUAUAAUAUUUAAGGUAUAAAGGUAGGUAAGUGGAAUAUAUUAUACAAGGGAUAAUAAAUGUAAAUAUUUUCUAAGUAUAGGUUCAUAAUAAUAAUGUUAGUGGUGGUGGAACUUAUGAUGAUUUUUAGGGUUAGAUUAAGAUUGGAAGAUGGGUAGAGUUGUGGGAGAAUUUUGGAUAGAAUAGAGAAGUCACUUUUAAUGGAGAAUAUAAUAUUUAAGGUAUGAAGGUAGGAAGAUGGGAUAUAAUGUAUAAAGAUUGUGAUUAUUUUGAAAAUGAAGACAAAUAAUAUAAAUAAAUGUAAAUAUAAUCUAGUUAUAGAUGCAUCAUAAUAACUUAGAGGGGGUGGAUUAUAUGGUAAGGGUUAGAUAAAGAUAGGAAGGUGGAUAGAGUUGAUUUAGCAUUUUGGAAAUCAUAGAGAAAUCACUUUUGAUGGUUUAUAUAAUAUGAAAGGUAUGAAGGUAGGAAAGUGGGAUAUAGUGUACAAAGGAUAAUAAAUGUAAAUAAUAUAUUAUUACAGGUGGAUAAUGUAUGACAGUGGUGGUGGAUCUUAUGGUGAGGGGGAAAAGGGCUGUAUAAAAAUUGGGAUGUGGGUAGAGCUGGAUGAAAUGUUUGGGGAUUCUUGGGGAUCAAAUUAAAUCACUUAUUAAGGUGAAUAUAAUUUGAAAGGUAUGAAAAUUGGUAUAUGGGUGUAAAAUGAAGAUAAUAUAUUGAAAAGUAUAAUAAUUUGA